AGUAAACAGUGGCAGUUGCGAAUGUCACUUGCUCACGGACGCACGCAUUUAAAAUGAUUUUGUUUUUAUUAUUAUGCGCGCUUGUUUUGUUUAUUGUUGCUUCGUGGAUUUACUUCCUUAGAGAUGUGAGGAAAUAUAAUGUUUCUGGACCCACUCCGUAUCCUAUUAUUGGCAAUGGGAAUUUGUUCCUGUGCGAUUCUAAUAAAUUUUUGGGAAUUUUAUCCGAUUUGGCGAUAGAAUAUAAAGAUGCUUAUCGCAUAUACAUCAUGUCAGACAGAUAUUUUGUGCUGUCACACCCUAAAUACAUUGAGCAACUGAUAUCAAGCACAGAAAUAAUAACCAAGGGGAUAUCCUACGACUUCCUGCGGCCCUGGUUAGGGGACGGUCUUUUGACGUCGACAGGUCCAAAAUGGAGAAGCCAUCGCAAAUUCCUCACCCCGGCCUUCCAUUAUAACAUUCUCCACACCUUCCUUCCCGUGUUUUUGAAGAAUGGGAAUAUUUUGUGCGAUACAUUGAAGAAAAAGGCCGAUGGUUCAUCGAUAGAACUGAUCCCGGUUAUGGCUAUGGCGGCGUUGGAUAACAUUACAGAAACAAUAAUGGGGGUGUCCCUAGAUGCGCAAAAAGAAAAAGACUCCAAAUAUGUUAAAUCUAUCGACGACAUAAGUCAAAUCAUGGCUACCAGAAUGAGAGACGUGUUCAUGGGCAACAAUUUCUUCUUCUCGCUGACACCACACAAGAGGAAACACGAUAAGGCGAUCGAGUUCAUGACCAGACAUACGAAGGAAGUAAUAGAAGCCAGGAGGAAAGAGUUGAAUGCUGCCAACGCUAAGAAGUUGGUUGAGAGUUCGGAAUUGGGUAUGAAAAACAAGCACGCCUUCUUAGAUUUACUGCUAUUGGCUGAAGUAGAUGGAAAACAGAUCAGUGACGACUGCGUACGCGACGAAGUGCUCACGUUUAUGUUUGAAGGCCACGACACAACUGCGUCGGGCACCGUGUACGGGUUAUACUGUAUCGCGAACCAUCCAGAAGUGCAGCGGAAGAUUCUAGAAGAGCAGGAGGAAGUUUUAGGCGGCGAUUUAAAAAGAGACCCCACGUUUAGCGAGCUGCAACAGAUGAAAUAUCUAGAGUGCGUGAUCAAGGAGAGCCUCCGUUUAUACCCAUCUGUUCCCAUGAUCCAGAGAAUGGUUCCUAAAGACGUCGAAAUGGCCGGUCUGCGGUUCCCAAAGGACACAACGGUCAUGAUCAACAUAUUCCGCAUGCACCGGAACCCCGAUGUGUUCGAGGAUCCCCUAGAAUUCCGGCCGGAACGAUUUGAGAUCUCCAACAGUGCCAGGAACGCGUUCAGUUGGAUUGCGUUUAGCGCUGGACCUAGGAACUGCAUUGGUCAAAAAUUCGCAAUGCUGGAAAUGAAAGUGACCUUAGCUGCCAUCGUGAGGAGCUUCGAGCUGUCUCCAUGUGGCGAUGAACCGGAGCCCUGUGGGGACCUCAUACUGAGGUCCAGGAAUGGGGUGCAUGUCAAAAUGAUGCCGAGGAAUUGACAGUUGCCAGUCGAUGUUAGUCUUAUCACACACAUUGACAUAAUGUCCCGAGUACAGUACAGAAAAAUCCAUAAAGGAAUCUUUAAUUUUGGAAAUGGAAAAUUUCGAUCCCCAUACAAAAAUAUGAGAAGGUUCCGAG